AUGGCUUUCAAUCUCUCGUCAUUAUGGGGUUCUUCCAGCGGUAAGUCCAUCAGUUUCCUCAUUACCUAUCAAAGCCCAACACAAAUUACCACAUAUACCCUCAUCUCCAUCAAUCCGGCACGGACUAACGCUUUAACUUGCAUCCAGCCCCGUCUGCACCUGCAGUCAGCGCCCAGUCAUCCCAAACUGAGAAACCAAAGGUACGACGCUGUCCUCGACAAGAAAACGAAUCUACGAAGAGUGACUAACUGGGAUUUCCCCGUUAUGUAUAGCCUUGCUGCGUCUGCAAAGCUGAGAAGUCGUCUCGAGAUGACUGCAUGCUUUUCUCCAAGUCCGAUGAUCCUGCACAAGACUGCAAGCCUAUGA